CGUCGAUUAUACAUACGAUGGUCAACGUUCUGUUGUCGCUUAAGGGUCACGACCGUGAGACCCACAGGACCUCUUCAUCCGUUUACUGUUCAAUAUACCAUAAUUUCUAUACCAAUAGAAAUGAUCUGUACAAUUAUGAACCAAGAUAACAUCAGGUCCUAACAAUUUGGACGAACGAAUUAAAAGUUCCCGGGAGUAUCGGAAAUACUUCAAAGCCUUUUCUACAGUCAAGUGGUCAUUCACAGCAGAUCAAGGUCGCAUUCUUCGUUUAAUCGAUUACCAAAUAAAACAAGUCGAAACAAUGAAUUUUCAUUGACCCAAGGCUGUAUAAAAUUUAUUAAAUUAACAUUUCUGUCAAUACUCUUUCAAUUUACUAAACAUUGAACUCUUUCUUUAAACCCAAAGGUAAGUAUACGAAACGUAGCGAAAAUAGUUGAGAAAUCGGAAUUUGUAAUAUGUAUUAAAUACCUAAGAUGUGGAAAGUGUUACAAAAUCACAUGAGCUUCUGCAUAUUACAUUCCGGAUAUCUGACGCAAUUCCGGUAACUCAGUGUUCCAUUUAUUGGAUGCAACAUUCCAUCGGGGAACAAUUAUGCUGAUUGCAUGUGCGAAAUAAUUAAAAGCGUAUUCACUUUUUUCAUUUUCGUAAUAAAGAAAGAGACAUCCAACAGAAUUAUCACGCAGUCAUCGUUCGGACGUCAUUAGUGUUUUAAAUGGAUUUAAACAUAAGUUGGAUUUCAAAAAUUGUCAUCAAGAUUCUCAAUAAUUAAUUAUUACAAUUACUUCUUUUUGUAUCAAUUUCGUCCAUCGUAUCAUUUACUUAAAACACAUUGAUCUUGGUAUCGUUCAACCUUGGAGGAGGUCGUACACCUAUACACCUAUAAAGAAUGUCGAAGAAAGCUAUUUUCAAUCAAAUACAGUGUCUUCGCGGUCGCUUAGCCUCGUCUUUAAUUAAUCGUUGGUUAAUUAUAAUACAAUGGCGAACGAUCGUAAUGGAGUAUAUUUUUCCUAAACAGUCAGUCCAAAUCGAUUUUUCUUGGGGAUCGGUCGUGUUUAGUACAGUGACAACUACGUCUAUCGAUCGAUCUCUACCAAGACGUAGAUCUCUAUCAAUCGUCGAACUUCCAUUUUUUAUUAUAUAAAAAGAAAUAUAGGAGAGAAUUUGUGAAGUACAAUUUCGGUAGCUGAAAUUUUUCUAUAGUUACCGAGAAUUAUUAAAAUUGUAUGAAGUGAAAAGCUGUAGAAGUACAGUGCCACUAUGACAACGUUGAUACGUCAAAUUUAUCAAGGAUACUGCUACGUUAACGAUGAAUUAUCAGAUCCACGGACGCAGGAUUUAUUCCUGAUCAGUUCGCCAUGGGCCCUUGUAGGUAUAAUAACGUUUUAUCUCUACUUCGUCUUCGAUUUGGGACCUAAUUGGAUGGCGAGAAAGAAACCUCUCAAUUUAGACAAGAUCGUCCAGUUGUAUGACUUACUACAAAUAAUAGUGUGCACAUACUUGUUAUAUAAGGCACUGACCCUGGCUUGGCUGAACGAUUACAGUUUCUACUGUCAACCAGUGGACUAUUCAUACGACCCGCGUGCCGUCGAGAUAUCUAAGUUAGUGUGGGUAUAUUUUAUGGUGAAAGUGUUCGACCUAUUCGACACAAUAUUUUUCGUUCUUCGGAAAAAACAGGGACAAAUAUCGUUCCUUCACGUAUACCACCACGUAGGCAUGACUUUGGGUUCCUGGAUAGCGGCUAAAUUCUUUCCUGGUGGUCAAGUCACCUUCAUAGGUACGAUAAACUCGUUCGUUCACAUCGUGAUGUACACUCACUACUUGGCCACCUCGUUGAAAAUAUCGAAACCCUGGUGGAAGAAGUACAUAACGCAGCUUCAGCUAACGCAAUUCUGUCUGAUACUGCUCCAAUUCAUAUUUCUAAUUAGUACUGACUGCAAUUUCCCCAAGUGGACAGCGGCCGCGAUGAUCCCACAGAAUUUGUUCAUGAUAAUGAUGUUUGGCGAAUUCUACUACAAGACCUACAUCAAGAAACGAAAGAGUAACACGGAUGCAUCACCUCGAGAUGUUCCAAACGGGAGCUUAAAGAGCCAGUAAACAUCAUCGAACUUCGUUUCACCGCAUUCUUCACUGUCCACUCCUCAUUCUUUGCUAGAGUAUCCGUGAAGCUUCAUUGCACUUCAAUUCGUUAAAUUAACUUAUUUACUCACGUACGGAUCAAAAAGAAAAGAUGCAAAUAAGUAAUAUCUAAUUGCUAAAUAUUCUUUGAUCGAUGUCGUGAGUUUUUUCCCGUCAACAGUGAUUGCAAUAAGCCUAGAUCGGCUCGAUAAGUACUCUCAUAAUUGGAAUUAAUAAAUAGAAACGGCGUUAAUGAUUCCCAAUUUUCUGUCCUUCAAUAUAAAAUGUCAAUAGAUAAUAAGUGCUUCCUUUUUUUAAUUUUUUCGGCUUAAUAAUAAUUCUAUCUCGUUUAACUUAAUUUGAUGAAUACACUUAUUGUAACUGAAAAUAAUAAAUAUGAUGGACGCAAAUGAUCCUGGUUUGUUGUCUUCCUAAAUUAUUUGUCAUGUACCAUAAAUUCCGAAUCUCGUGACACCCUAACCCAUUUUAAGACCGAUGAAAAACGAAAGCGGGCCUGUUCGAAAAAGCCGACCUACUUGCUGGACCUGGGCGAGAGGUAAAAGUGCGUCGGAGAGAGAUAUGAAAAAAGCAAGGAUACCGUUGAACAAACGGCAAGUGCCGUUAUAUACCGGGGCUGGGCCAUGCCUAAAAGUGACCAUGGAAUUUCAUUUUCCCUCCCCCGACCUCGAAAUCUUAACAAAUUGCACGUACGUACAUCCUCGGUUGCAUAACGUACAGAUUCCGCGAUACACCCUUGAGAAAACGCACUCCCAUUGAUAGCGAAGCUGACACGCAAGGACGGACAUAAUCAUUUGUUACAUGCGAUAUAUGGGUCUUUAGAAAGUGUGCGAGUUCCGUUACGAUUCCAUCCGCAUGAUCUAUGAUAUACAAUCUUGAUGAUUUCUAGGACGCAUUAACUCCUUCAAAAUGAACAUCUCUUUUAUGAAUCCAUGUCUACUUCCGAGAGAUACACCACGUUACUUUUUUUUUCUUUAUUAUGUAAUAGCUUUUUACAAGGAACUCGACGCAAAUUGUAAUAUGCAUUUGAAAGCUUGUUGACAAACCGGAAUCUAUUCAGCGUCGAGUAGAAAAUAAUUAACGAAGGGCAAAGUUAAGAGUUACCUACCCAUGUUGCAGCGGUGCAAUUGUUACAAAAAAUUCAGUGGAUUUUUGUAUCGCGCGUUCCUACGAAAUUGGCGACGUUAAUUUGCAAAACCUGAGCCCAUUCCGACCUCGUUUCGCAGGAGUUCUUAUGUAUUCCGUACCGUCCCAUUGGCUUACUUCGUCGCUGCGUUAGAAAGCCUCUUCAAGAAGCUCGUAACGAGUUUCCCCUUGCAAGGAUCUGGUAAACUGCGUCCGUGCCAUUAAUCUAUCCAACGCUUGCCUGCGGUGUCAAAAGAAACAUUGUGGGACUCGAGUUACGAUGCUCUCGCGCGUGCCCGGCCAUUCAUCGGCUCGCAGAUGAUUGAUUUAUGAUUUCUAACACUCAUAUCACAAGCCUCCUGCCGUUUGUUCUACUUGCGAUUUUACUGCACAAGGAAGUAUGCAAAACGUAAAGAGAAUUUUUACAUAGAAAUAGUCUGCGAGUUUUUCUACGGAAUAGAGCAUUUACGAUAUUAGUUUAAGAAAAUAUAUUUUUAAAUAAACAUUAUGCACUCAUCUUUUGUUACUUUUCUACGCAACAAGUAUUCUUUAUAUCUUCUGCAGGUAUAGUUAUUCAUGAAAUGAAAUCUUAAUGACAUGUUUGGGCUUACGCAAUUGGUAAUAAAACAAAUUUUAAGAAGAGUAAACGUGGAAUUAAAACAAUUUAAAUAUUGAGAUGGAUCGUAAUAGCUUGGAAUUAAGAGACUCUGGUUUGCGCCCGCGAAUAUUUAGAAGUUUAAAUACCUUGUGGAACUCCCCGAUCUCUUUAUUCCUGGCAAAUAAUCCCUUCUUCAAAUAUCCGCAAUGCAAACAGAACGUUGCAUUUGUCCGUCCUUCGUUCCUCCUACUUUUGACUGUUUUCCUAUAAUACUUCGACAUCGCGCACUCAGUCCCAAUUUAUCAGUUCAUUCGAUUCAGCAGCCUAGUUACAUUUCAUUUUCGGAACAAUAAGUGGAAAAAUGUUAUGCUAAUGAAGCAUUGUGCCAAUUGUCUAAGCACUUUGUUCAAAUGAAACAUUUCACACGUGAGCAAUAAUGAAAUAAAUGAUUCUGAAUUUAAUAUGGAGUCUCGACCCUUCCACCACCCUCUCGUCGAUAGUUGAUCGGGUAUUCGUUGAUGAAGCUUGGUCCGUAAUACUCUUUAUGAUUUAUGCGCGACCUAGUGUUCAUCCCUUCCUCUCGCGUCCGCACGCCGGAAGUCUCGAUUUUACAAGCCGGCCGUUGGUGGGGCGGAUGAAGAAGAUCGUGGCUUUUGGUCCUCUUGGUGGCUACUUUCGUCGCCGCACGAUCAGUUUUUGGUUCGCUGCUUCCUCCUCAUCAUCUGCUCCUCACUGGUCUUCCACAAUCGGAACUUCACACUUCGAGGAGGAAGAAUAGCGAUCCUGUCUUGAUUUGCAAACAUCUUCGGGACUCCAG